AUGACCAUUCUCAUGGCAGGCAUAGAACUUCUAGCAAUUGCUGUGCUUCUGAUCUUUGCAGUGGCUGCGCAAAUGCGCAGGGGCUUCCAAUGCGUCGAACACUCCCAGCCCUGGACGGUAGCACUCUUUGAUGGCUGGAAGUUCCACUGCACGGGCACCCUGAUCCACAAACAGUGGCUGGUCACGUCUGCCCAAUGCUACACUGGUCGCAUCCUCUUUGCGAGGCUCGGAGAACAUAGUCUGUGGCACAUAGAAUUCACCGAGCAGUUCAAGAUCACAACCAAGCUCAUCCGGCACCCCUUUUACGACAGCAACACCAAGGAUAAUGACAUCAUGUUGGUCAAACUCCUUACCCCAGUCUUCAUCAACAAGAAUGUCCAGCCACUCACCUUGCCAACAAACUGUGUCCCUCCGGGCAGCUACUGUGUGCUUGCUGGCUGGGGCACCACCAUUAUGCAAAAAGAGUACCCGCCAGAUGUCCUGUACUGUGGAAACAUCACCACCCUGCCUGAUCAGGAAUGCCUGAGCGACUAUCCCACCAUCCAACCGAGGCACAUGUUAUGCGCCACUGUGAAGCAAGGCGGCGCCGAUUCCUGCCAGGGAGAUCCAGGCUCACCGCUUGUCUGUAAUCACGAACUGCAGGGCAUCACUUCCUGGGGGUUUGACGAAUGCUCCCAGGUGAAAAGUCCCAGUGUCUUCGUCAGGGUCUGCAACUACGUCAGCUGGCUGCAGCAGACGAUGGCUUCCGCUUAG